AUGGAACUAACUCUUCAGGAUGAUGAUCCUAACUUCAAGACCCAGUCUAGGGUUCCAGAAUCAGGAGCCAGUAAUAAGAAAAGAUUGCCAACAAAAUCUUCUUUAGUUUUGCCAGAAAUAGUUGAGAAUAGUGCGAGCUAUACAAAUGUUAGUUCUGAGAAUUUAAAAGUCAGUGAUGGCAGUAUGUUGCAGGUUCCAAAGUGCCAUAAACAGGAGCGACAAAGGUCAACAGACAGUAGAGGGCUGUCCUCCAUGGCUGGAAAAUUUUCAGGAUUUAAAAAAGGGCUUCGAGAGAAUGAUAAUAUGUCAGCUGUCUCUGAAACUGCAUCAGAUAUCAGAUCAGUUGGCUUCACCAGUCAAUCAUACUACAUGCCAGUGAUUCAGUUUCAACUAUCAUCCAAAGCUUGUGAAGAAAAAGGUUGGAUCUGUCAAAAAGGUAAAGAGGAUGAAUUGGCCAAGGAAGCAGUUCUAGAAUAUUGUAUCCAAAGAUUGCAACAAGAGUUAAAACAAAUAAAAGAACAAAGGAUCCAUGAAGCAGAAAUGGGACUUAAUUCACCUGUGAUAGUGCGCUAUUAUGGAGAUUCACAUAGAGAAACUUUACUGAAGUAUCGUAAGCCUUUUGUCAAGAGUUCCUCUAACAGUUCUAUAAAGGAUGGAAAACCCUGCAUCCCUAAUAUGUCAGAUGAUGUCACAGAAAGCAGAAACCUAUUCAUGGCAUCCCAUAUGGAUGGCACAACUGUUGCCUACUACCCUUCAGGCCGGCUUGCAGUUGUAGCUUCUGCUGCAGGAUUUAGUCAUCCAGGAUUUUACACGAUUGUUUAUGAUGACGAUCCAGAUAAAAGAAUGCUUGCUGUGUUUGUACCAAGUGGGAGAGGUGUGUGCUACCAUGCAAAUGGCAAUAUAAGAUUUUUGUCAACAACCAAAGGAGGGCAUGUGGCUAAUAAAGAUGGCCGUGUGAUUCGACACUGGAAGUGGCCACAGUCUCAGAUGAAGCUGUCAACACCAGUACAAAUUCAGUUGAACCAGCAUAUGAGUUUUCGUUGUGCUGGAGAAAACCAUUGUGCCCUCAUUCUCUCGUGCCAGAAGGAGACUGCCAAAUUCUUUGUGCAUGCAGCCAUUGGGGCUACUAACCAUAAGCAUGAUGAACAAGAACAGCUACUCACGUCCUUCAAGUUUUCUUCAAAAGCAGCUAAAGAUAUCUUGCGGCUGAAUCCCCCCAAAACAAAGCUAAAAUCAAAGAAAAAAAAGGAUAAACUCACAAAACAACUGGCAGAACUAGUCAAGUCAGUGGACAGUCAAGACAAGAUUCUGUAUGAUCUUGAGUCUGACAAAGAACUGGCAAGACUUCAGAGAAAGGUUAGAAAUCUAGUUGAUGACUGGCUAGAGCAUUACAGAAUCACCAUAGGAUUGCAGUCUCCCACACUGAGGCAGAUCUCUGAUACUCCACAUAAACCACGCACAGAAACGUGGUCUGCCAAAACGGCUGACAGAAAGGAAGACAGGGGUGUUCCUGGACCAGCCCGAUCACCUUCAGCACCUUCAAAAUCAUCAAGCUUAAAAACAAGAAACAACAGCACUGAAGUUGCACCGACAAUAGCCAUCUUGAGUUCAGCACCUUCUGUAAAGUUUUCUAAGAGUGUGGAGUACUCUGAGAAAGAAGGACAAGAAGCAGAUAUUGUUUUGACAUUUUCAUCAUUUAUUGAUCAACUUUCCAAUUUGUCAGAAUCAAACAUUAGAGAUAAGUCUGGCAGCAGCAGUAGAAAGUCAGCAGUUUCACGUCAGCCAACAAAUAUCACCAUUCAAGAGAAAGAAAACAAGAUAAUGCAGCUCAGUUUGUGUCCAGUGGUUCUCAGAAAACAGCUACUGGGAGAUUCAAGUUCUCAGUGUCGCUGUAGCCGUGAUGUCAUACCAUACAUUAUGGACAUAGAAUAUGAAACAUACAUUAGUAAAGUGGCCCCAGAAAACCAGCUGCAGAUAAUUGCUGUUGUAUCAUCAAAUUACCCUGAAACGAACCUUGCAGAAACAAUGCUCAAUCAAAUAUAUGAGAAUCAGAACCGAAGUCGGACCCGGCCAUGCCUCCAAUGUCACUCUGAUACAUUCCGAUUACUGAGAUAUGACAUCAACACCGCCAUGGAAGGUUCUGAUCAUACACUGCCUUACCUGCUGAGCCAGCACAAUGUUGUACCUGGCAUGUUUCUGAUUUAUGCAGGUGGAAACUUAAUAUUUUGUGACCAUAUUUUCAAUGGCUAUGGCAAAGCAAAGAGAGAUUUUCAGAAACAAGUCAUGAAGUCAAGACUAGAUUUUCUUCGUGGAAUGAGUAUACCUCGAGACUUCAGAUUUAGUCCAUCUAGUGGCCCUCAUGGACUUCGAUCUCCUUGGGGCGGAGAAAUUGGUGGCCCUGGAGUUGACCAUUAUGGUAGCUCUGGUAGAGCAUUGGUCAACACCUUGUCCACUAGUGAACGGGAUUACCUGGCUGGUGGUGCUCAUGGAAACACUUUCAGGAAACAGGACAUGGCAAAAUUUCUGAGUCUGAGUCUGUGA